AUGGUCCACCCUGCUUCAACCUGCUGCAAAACCAACCCUAGCGGCGGCUGCGUCUGCGCCGCACAAGCAAAGUGCUCCUGCGGGAAGGAAUCCGCCCUCCACUGCACCUGCAACAAGUCUGCAACUGAAAACACUAUCCAGGGUGCUAGAUGCUCUUGCCGUGCUCGCCCCGCCGGUCAGUGUACCUGUGAGCGAGCGACGAGUGAAAACCACCCUGUGGCUGGAGAGACGUGUCCUUGCGGGAAGAGAGCAGAGGCUUCGUGUACCUGUGAGAAGGCCAGUGCCAUUGAUUCCGCCCUCGAGACGGAUUUCACGACUCAUGCUUAA